ACCCCCACCCAUCAAUCCCGUCUCCGUCUGUUACUAUAUAAACCACAGAAUCUCUAAAAUCCAUUCAACCUCAAACUUGAACAGAAAUUCUCAUAUUCAGAUUUUAUAUUUCAAUUUGAAAAUGUCGGGUCGUGGAAAGGGAGGCAAGGGUUUGGGCAAGGGGGGAGCGAAACGGCACCGUAAGGUUCUCCGAGACAACAUCCAGGGAAUCACGAAGCCGGCAAUUCGUCGGUUGGCUCGCAGGGGCGGUGUGAAGCGGAUCAGCGGCCUGAUCUACGAGGAGACCCGUGGUGUCCUGAAGAUAUUCCUGGAGAACGUGAUUCGCGACGCUGUGACCUACACGGAGCACGCCCGAAGGAAGACCGUGACAGCCAUGGACGUGGUCUACGCGCUCAAGAGACAGGGGAGAACUCUGUACGGGUUCGGAGGUUAGGUUUAUGGCCGUAGAAAGUCUUGCUGUCAAGAAAAAGCAACCAAACAAAUGGAUGGUCGGUUUUUUUUUUAUUGCAAUUAGGUGGGAAAAUUUGUGGUUUCUAGGGUCUGUGUUCUGGUUGUGGUCUUUGUAAAUCGACCUCCGAAUGGAAUUUCCCGAAUAUGUAAGUGAUUUACAGAGGAUAUUUUCCAUAUUAUCGUUCGAGGUUCUAAUAAGAACUGAAGAUUAGAUGAA